AUGAGCUGUUCUCCAGUGUACCAGAGGUCCACGAUUCAGGUUCUGACCCAGUUCAGUGCUCAGGGGGGCCAGGGUAAGCUGACCUACCUGCUGGGCUCCUCUGAUUGGUUUGUGGAUGCCACAGAGAUGGUCCGUAAUUGGCUGAGGGUAGAGAAUCCUCGCGUGGCGGUACUCGACAAGCAGAGCAAUCUGAUUGGUCUACACCCGGGGAAAACUUCAGUUCAUGUCAUAUCAAGCCAAUGGGACGGUGUUCUGGGUAGCUGUGAUGUCAUCGUGACCUCUGAACCCGUGACCCCAGGUGACCUCUCAGUGCAGGUUGUGGGAGGGCUCAGUAUGUCAAUCAAUGCAAGCCCUGCCCAUCCGGCUGUUGUCACGGCAACAGUGACAGCAUACAACAUCCUCUACCACCAUGGGCAGGAAGCGUCAAUCAGUGUCUGGCUCCAGUUCAGUGAUGAUAGCACCACGUUGCUCUCCACCUUCAGCCGUGGUACCUUCGCCCUUCGCCUCUCCUCAUUGGCAGAGACCGUGGUUGCCGUGAUGCCCGGCCCGUUGCUGCGCGUCGUCGCCCAGGGCGAAGGGGGCGGGCCUUUACUGAAAGCAGAACUCCUGGUCACCCCCUGCAAGCCAAUGGCGAACUCCGUUGACGGGGACCUGGCCAAUUCGAAAGAAGGAAGCGGGCCCAGGAGGCUGGCUAAAGGAUCAGGUUGGAUCAGGGUGAACCUGGACACAGACCUUCGUCCAAUGGGAAGCGAGGAGGCGGACUUUGAGCUGCUCGACAUGUCGGACAUGCUGGUUGAGUCAUCGGACAGGGACGUUAAGUACAGCAACUUCCUGGACAAUGACAUCAUCAUAGGGAAUGUCACCACCGUCAAAGGUGACGACUACUAUGACAAGGCCGGCGAUGGGAUGAUCGCCAGGAACGACCUGGAGAGAGCGGUGUUGACCCCAAAUCACGAAGAGAGCGCUGUGUACUUCUCUCCCGGGGUGGAGAGAGAGAGGGAGGAGAAACUGGAGGAUACAGAGCUGGGGGUGGGUGUCGGGGCAGUUCUCUCCCUUCUCUGCCUCUCCGUACUUCUCUUCCUGGUGAAUUGUCUGCCCUGCGCUUUGAGGGAGCGGAGGAUGAGGAGGAAGGGCGUGAACACGGAGGGUGUGGAGGGAGUGGUGAAGGAAGAGGGGGAGGAAGGAAAAGAGGAGGCGGCAAAGGGUGUUGCAGAAAAGAACGACAUAAUGACAUCGUACCCCGGGGUAAUAUCGCUCCAUGAGACUAUUCCAGAAGAGAAAGAGGGGCAGUCAGAUCAAAGCAUUGACCAUUAAGGCUGCAUCCGAAUAGGCACCUUAAUCCUUUUAAAGAGUUAAGAGCCCUGUGGUCAAAAGUAGUGCACUCUGUAGGGGAUAAGGUGCCAUUUUAUUCAGGCGAGAAAGGUUGUUGAUAAAAAUCAUCGUUCUUAGGAAAAUUGACUACGUAUUCCUGUCACCGUGUCACCAACAAUGUAUCUUAACAUCUUACAAGGUCAUCUUCGUAUAGGCUAGUUUUUUUUCUCGGUUAUUUAUGUAUGUCUGAAUGUUUGUCUAGCUACCAUCGCACAUAUACAGUAACUAUCCAACAUAAGUCCAACAUAAGUUAAAUACGUGUGCAGAAACAAUGCACGUACCCGACUGUACAUAUCUGUCAUAUUUACUUUAUUGGUAUUAUUUCACAUUCAUCCAUAUACAAUUGGUUGUCAUACCUUUUUCGAUUUAGGACUCAAUGCAAUCCGUAUCGCUGAAGUUCACCACUAUAUUGCAAUUGAAUGUUAAAGGCAGCGUUCCCGCGUUCGAGGAGACUGAAUUCACGAUAAAUACGGCACAUUUCAGCUCAAUCGGAAACGACCUUUACAUUCCAAUGAAUCAAGCCCUUUUAGGCCUAUUGACGAAAUAGUAUAGGGUUGCAAAAUCCUGGUAAUUUUCCCCCAAAAUCCCGCCGGGAUGACUUCCAGUUGAUUCCCAGAUGACUCCCAGUUGAUUCCCAGAUGACUCCCAGUUGACUCCCAGAUGACUCCCAGUUGUAGGAUGCCAACAUGCUGAUUCCCACCUGAUUCCAGAGAUUCUCCAACUGGGAUUUCCAUAAGAACUGGGAAUUUGGGGCAAGUUACCAGAAUGUGCAACUUUAUUCCUGCACAUACUUGUGAUUGCUUUAUGUCUCUCUCAAAUGUCAAUAUGCCUUGUAUACUGUUGUUUAGGUUAGUUAUCAUUGUUUUAGUUUACAAUGGAG